CUCUGGUGCUUGUGGGGGGAGAGUUGACUAGAUCAAUAUUGGAUCGGAUGUAUUGUUGGCUGGAGCUUUCAGUUCUACUGCUUUCGUGAAAGCAGCUCAGGCGUAUGCGGCCACCUUCGUGCAGAAUAUCCAAGACAUUUUCAGAUCUCUUACCUGGGGAGAACGGGCACAAAAUUACUGAAAUUGAUUUCACCGCCAGUAAGCUCAGUGGAUUACUUGGAGCUGCCUUAGGCACGGAAAGGACGGGCGGCCAUCGCUUUGUGGUGUUAGACAUGGUAGAGCUUUUUGCUAGCGGUAAACUGUGCACGAAAGCUGAAGACGUGAUUGAUUUGCCAGCGCUAACAGGGCCGGUUUGUAACAAACGUGAAGCAUCAAAUAAAGUAUAUACGAGCAAGCUCUUGCGAGGGUUUACUUGUCAAUGGAUGGGGACUGAUCAAGCAGCCAACAGCAAGCGCACUACAAGAUCAAAGCUACCCGACCACGACACCUCAGAAUGACAUUAAGUCAAGAAUUCUAUGUAUCAGGCUUCUAUAACAAAAACACAUAAUAAUCAAAUAGAAG